AUGCAAAAGAUAUUGCAGGCAGAUGAAAUUACAAAAAUACAAGUUGUUGGAAAAGGCAAGAGGAAGAGGAUUGAGAUGAUAUUCUCAGAGAGUGAAGAUAGUGACCUGGACAAAGGGCAGAGAGAACCAUAUUCUGGAAAUGCCUUUCUGUACAGUGAAAGCAGCAGUGAUGAUGAGGAGCCCUUGUUUCAGUUGUCCAAAGUGGAACUAUGUGCCAAAAUAAAAAGUCUGAAAAGAAAACUGACGGACACUAUGAGAGAAAACUGUCGCCUACGGCAGUCACUGGUCAUGCUUCAAGUGUUGCCACAGGCAGUCACACAUUUUGAGGAACUGGUAGGUAUGGCUGAGGCCCUGCUCAAGGGGGGAGUGACCACAUCUGCCUCCAGUAUUCAUUCACACACUGUCUGGAAAGCAUCAAACAGUUCUUUAUCAGAUUCAUAUGCAACUAUCCACAGUAACUCCAAUUCACCGAUAGCAUUGAACGUGGAGGAAGAGGAGCAACAGCCUGAGAAACAGUUCAAGAUUGAAAAAUGGCAGAUUGCCCUUUGUAACAAGAGCAAGCCUCAAAAGUUUAUAAAUGAUUUGAUGCAAGCCCUUUAUACACACGAGUACAUGGCCACGCAUAGUCUGACAGGUGCAAAAUCCUCCUCUUCAAAGGAUAAAGCAGCAAAACCAGCAAUGAAUCAGAAUGAAGUUCAGGAAAUCAUAGGAAUCACAAAACAGUUAUUUCCAAAUACAGAUGAUGCUUUAAUUCGGAGAAUGAUGGGGCAAAAGCUAAACAAUUGCACCAAGAAGCCAAUUUUAAGCAAAGAUCUUAAUUCAGUUGUUUUUCAGAAGCAUAGCUUUUGGUGUAUUUUGCUCUAUUCAAAUAGCUCUAAAGUUUAUCAGAAAUGCUUUGCUGAAUAUAUUAUUCAAUUGUUGUUCAUUGUUUGUAUUGCAGUUGUGCCAAGAGGCCCUAUUUAUGGACUGGAGGGGCCAUCUGUACUAGAUAAUGUAUAA